UAUCGCAGGACUCACUAGACCACUGAACAAUAAUAACUAGCUACUAUCUCGCACUCAAAAAUCAGUUCAUCUACUUACGACGAACGACCAUGUCAGAUUCAGAUAUCAGAACUCAGGAAUGAGAAAGGUAGGAUGAAGAAUACGCAAGCAAGAGUGUCAGCGUCAGUUUUACUCUCACAAGUACGGAACCUCAUCAGUCGCAGUAGUACAGAACUCCUCUGCCUGGAGUUAAAAACUCUGCUAAACCACAACUACUAA